AGGCUCUUGCGAUUGUGGGUCUGGCACAGGUUUGAAUUUGAAACCCAGCAAGCCAACCACCUCGGGACACAUCGGAUGAGCUGAGGCUUAGGCGCUGACCCCCGGGGUCAGCACCCGCGCUGGAACCCGUUGUCUGGCUAGAGGGCCUGGUCAUGGCCAAAGAGACGGGGUCUACAAAGGGCAUCAAAAUGCUCGUGCGGUGUGUGUACAUGUCAAAGGCAAGCGAGAGUCUGCGCUUUGACUCCCCAUUUUUUGCAAUGAUGCUUUAAGGAAGUUGCCAUUGUUUUGCUUUUCAAACGCGGCAGCCCAAUUAAGUGCUCAGGUGACUCCUCAGUUUACCCCCUGCCACCCAACGAAUGACGAAAAGGACGACCUGACCACACUGAACAAGAGAUACCUGUAGCUAGCUCGCUUGGCGAAGUUUGUUUACCUGCUUUCCUCUGGUCUCUCCUUGGCAACAGGGAAUGUUUGCGUGUGGUUUCCCGCUGUCAAGAGGAACACAAAAGUAAGGAUGAGGACAGUGACAUGGUUAUCCCCCAGUUAUAGGCACUGUGCUUAGGAAUUAUAUUCAUUCCAUGCUGAAUGAUUAAAUGUAAUCUUCAAGAAAGAGGUCGCUAUUUCUGUAAUAAAGUGCAGGGCACUUUGCAAUUGAUUUUUUUCAGGUCAUGGUAAUGUUAGAAGUAAUAACAUUUAACAUUUUAUUGAAUGAUUACUAUGUGUUAAGCAGUGAGUUAGAAGCUAUUAUCCCCAUUGUAUAGAUAUAAAAAUUUUAUAGAUAUAGUAAUUAAAAAAAAUUAGAUAUAGUAUAGAUAUAGUUAGAUGCUAUUAUUAUCCCCAAUUUAUAGAUAUAGUAGUACAGAUAUAGUAAAAUAUACAUUUUAUAGGUAUAGUAAUUAUGUAUAUAGUAAUUUAUUAAUGGCAGAGCCCAGAUAUGAACCCAUGUUUAUCCAACUCAGUUUUAAAUUCAUUAGUACCCUCUCUUGGUGAGGAUGUAGAAAGAUGGGCAUUUUCAUGCAUUGCUGGUAAACCAAAGGAAAAAAAAAAAAGCCAAAUCCAUUACCAUUGAGUCAAUUCCGACUCAUAGUGACCGUAUAGGACAGAGUAGAACUGCCCUACAGAGUUUGCAAGGGAGUGCCUUAUGAAUUUCAGCUGCCGACCUUUUGGUUAGCCAUACCACUUAGGCACCAUGCCACUAGGGUUUCUGCAUUGCUGGUAAAAAAAUCUAUUCUUAAAAAAAAAAAAAAAAAAUACACACGCACGCACACACACACACCCUUUUAAAAAUAUUUCCCAAGGAAGUAAGUCAUGUAAACCAGUAUUUAUAUCCAGAGAUGACCAUUACAGUGUUUAUAAUAGAGAAAAGCUGAUAACUGUCUAAAGGAAAUUGAUAGGUAAAUGUUUUAUGUUCAAUAUGCUGCGUAGCCAUUGAACGUGAUAUGGAAAGGUGUUCGCCAUAUACAUUUUAUUAACUGAAAAAAAGAUUUCAAAGUGAUUUUAAUGAGUUUUAAAAAAUUUAUGUGUGUUCUUUGAUUUAGCAUGUAUUCAUUGAGCUUCUAUUGAGCACUCUGUUAGUCACUUGGGACACAUUCCUGAACAAAAGAGAUCAAGAUCCCUGCUCUCAUGGAUCUUAUAUUCUGGUAAGGGUAAGCAGACAAUAAACAGUAAACACAGUUAUCAGUGAAUUAUAUAGUAUAUUAGGUGAAAAGUGCCAUGGGAAAAAAAAAUAGAGCAGAGUAAGGAAAAUCAAGAGUGAAGGUAGGGGCUAGGCAGCUUACAGUAGUAUGUAAGGUGAUCAGGAUAGGCGUUAUUGAAAAGGUAAGAUUUGAGCAAAGACUUGGAAAGAGGUAAGGGAAUUAGCCAAGCUAUUAUGUGGGGAAAGACCAUUAGAGGCAGAAAGAACACAGUAAAGACAUGAAUAGUAAGGAGGCCAAGGUGACUGAAGUGAUCAAGACAGUGGUAAGAUUAGAGUGUUAACAGCAAGCCUUAUAUACACAGUGCCUAAGUGCUUGACUGGUAACUGGAAGGUCGGCAGUUCAAACCCACCAGCUGUUGCUCCAGAGAAAGAUGUGGCAGCCUGCUUCUGUAAAGAUUUACAGCCUUGGAAACCCUAUGGGGCGGUUCUGCCCUGUCCUGUAGGGUUGCUGUGGAAUUGACUUGAUGCCAGUGGGUUUGGUUUUAUAUAGGCCAUGUAGGUUCCUGAGUGAUGUUUGUGCUCAACUACUAACCUAAAGGUUGGCAGUUUGAACCCACCCAGAGGCACUGCAGUAUGGUGAUCUGCCUCCUUAAGGUCACAGCCUUGAAAACCCCAUGGAGUGCAGUUCUACCCUGGACACAUGGGGUCUCCAUGAGUCAGAAUGGACUUGAUGGCAACUGGUUUGCUUAGGCUAGUGCAGGCCAUGUAAAGACUUUGGUUUUUUCUCUGAGAGAUAUCGGGAGCCAAUGCAAGGUUUGAGCAAAGGAGUGACAUGAUCUGACUUAAGUUUUAAAAGUGUUACACUGACUAUUGCAUGAAUAGACUAUAAAGGAGGAAAAGUAGAAGCGUGGAGACCUGUUAGAAGGUGUUUCAGUAAUCCAAGAAAGUGAUACACAUGCUCUUCAAACCAGUAAGGUGGCAGCAGUGGAGGUAGCGAGAAAUGAUAGACUCUGAAUAUAUUUUGAAAGUGAAACCAGCAUGAUUUCCUAACACAUUGGAUAAGGGGUCAAAGUGAAACAGAGGAGACAAGAAUGACUCCAGGGGUCAUCCUGAGCGACUACAAGAAUGGGAUUGCUAUCAGCUGAGAUGUUAUGGUGGUUUUAUAAUAUGUCUGCAGAUUCUUUUACGUUUCUCCCUUCAAGAAGAGAAACUUAAUGUUCUUCUCCCCUUAAGUGUGGGAUGUAGUGACUUCCUUCUAAUGAAUAGAUUAUGGCAGAAGUGACAGUUUGUGACUUCCAAAGCUAGGGGAUAAAUGGAAUUGAGCCUUCUUCUUCUUGGCUCUCUCUCUCUCGGAUCACUCACUUUGUGGGAAGCCAGCUGCCAUGUUGUGAGGACACUCAAGCAGUCCUAAGGGGAGUCCCAUGUAACAAGAAACUGAGACCUCUUAACAAUAGCCAUGGAUUGUCAUGCUGCAAUAGGUGACCAGUACAGCUGGGUAAAGCUAUAGGAGCAGCAGGUUUGGGAGCGAAGACCAGAGUUCAUUUCAGGGAUGUUAAUUCUGAGAUGUCUAAACCUGGUGGCGUAGUGGUUAAGUGCUACGCCUGCUAACUAAAAGGUUGGCAGUUUGAAUCCACCAGGUGCUCCUUGGAAACUCUACAGGGCAGUUCUACUCUGUCCUAUAGGGUUGCUAUGGGUCGGAGUCCACUCGACGGCAGUGGGUUUGGUUUGGGUUUUGGUUAGUAGACAUCCAAGUGUGGGUAUCAAGCAGGCCAUAGGAUUUAUGAAUCUGGACUUAGUGAGAGGUCUGGUCUGCAGUGGUGUCACUAGGGUUGGUAUCACCCAGUGCCGUAACUCAUGGUGUCACCCAGCCAUAGACCUCCUCCAUGCCAGACCAUACAGAAUCCUUAGUAAUGUUUUUUGUACUAAUGUUACUCAUAAAUUGUAACUCCUGUAUAUCACUCCUUCUUUUUCUUUACUGCUUAAUUCUCAAAAAAGUCAUUGAUACAUAUUCACGAAAACUAAUUACCACAAUAUUGUAGCUAAAGCACCAGAAAAGUGGACAAAAUCAGUGACUGUAAAAACACUGGAAGCAACAAAAACAACAACGUGUGCUCUUAGCACAUGCAGACGAAACCAUGUGAUCAGUAGGUGUACUGAUACAUGUAAGCUGGGCUUCCAACAAAUGUUUUUGUUGUUAUAACUAACUACAGGGAUAUUUUUAUACAAAAUAAUAAACAUCUGCUGAAACCCAGCACAAAAAUUUUAUGGACAGCCAUUGUAAAGAUUACAGCCUGGAAAAUCCUAUGGGGCAGUUCUGCUCUGUCAUAUGGGGUCACCGUGAGUCAAAAUCAACUCAGUGGCACGUGACAGCAAUUAUAAUCAUAGCACGUGCCCCCAAAUUAUAGCAAGACAGUAGCAAAUAAUAGAGUUCAUGUGUAAUAUAAAUUAUAUUGUAUAAUUUUUCAUUAUCUUGGGAUGAGUGCUCAGAUUUUAUUUCAUUUGUUCUUAACUCUGUUAAAGCUUUUACUUUGUUGAGUUUUUAAGUGUUUAUUUCCUCUACUGGCCUCUGUGUUUUCUUCUGGUCAGUAUAACAUGUUCUAUCCAUCUUUGCAUACUCAGCAAUAUAGCACAUUUUGUAGCUCAUACAUGCUCAAAAAUGCUUAAUUAAAUAAAUCGAAUUUCUUGUCACUGUUUGGCAUUUUAAAUCCUACACAGUGCAAUUUUGCUCCAGUAAAUCAAUAUGUAAAAGUGGAAGAAAACUAGUAUUUAUUGAUUAUUUAUGUGCCAAGGACAGGGCUCUGUGCUUCAUGUAUGUUAUUUCAUUUCAUCAUCACAAAACUCCUUUGUGGUAAAAGUUAAUUCUGAUAUUACACAUGAAAAAAUAGGACUAGAGGAAUCUGGUUAAAAUAUAAAUUAGAUCAUGUGACUCCUCUUCUCAAAGCUCUCUAGUGGUGUGCUGUCCGGUAUGGUAGCUGUUAGUCAUAUGUUGUAUCGAGCACUUGAAAUGUGGUUUGUCCUAACUGAGAUACGCUGUCACUGUAAAAUAUAUACUGGAUUUCAAAGACUUAGUGUGAAAAAUAGAGUGUAGAAAGAAGAUCUCCUUAAUAAUACUUUGUGUUGACUACCUGUUGAAAUGAUAAUAUUUUGGUUAUAUUGGAUUAAAUAAAGUAAUUAGUAAAAAUAAUUUCUCCUGUUCCUUUUUUUUUUAUGUUGCUACUCGAAAAUUUUAAACUGCAUUUCUUCUUUUGGACAAAACUGUUGUAGUGGAUUUCCAUAUCACUGAGAAUGGCCUACAAGGUUGUAUACAAUCUGUCCUGUUACCUCUCUGAGCUCGUCUCUUUCUACACCCUUGAUCACUCCUUUCUAGCUACUCUGGCCUCCUCAGUGCACCCCAAAUACACCAGGCUGUCUCCAUCUUGACAGCCUUUGCAUUUGUUGUUCCUGCUGCCGGGAUUGCUCUGUCCCCAGUUACCCACAUUGCCCGUUCUUGCUCCUCCUUCAGGCUUCCUUAAAAUGUCACUUUCUUAGUGAGGCUUACCCUGGCUACCCCUACCUAAGAUUACGAGCUCUGCCGCUUAAUCCUCGUUCUCCUCCUAAGUACUUCAUACUGUUUAGCGUACCCCUUAUUUUACUUAUUUAUUUCAUUUAUAGUGUAUUUCACCUACUAGAAUGUGAGCUUCCUGAAAGCAGGAAUUUUUGUUGGUUUCACUAAUUGCUGUAAUGGGGCUUCAUUAAUGUGUAUAUAUAAUAUGUAAUUGAGCUCAUGUUUUUCCUUAACAUGCUGCUUUUUCUUUCAUGCAUUUAUGCAUUCACUUACUGAGCAUCUACUGUGUUCCCAAUACUUGGGGAUGCACUAGUUGACAAGUCAGACAUUAUUCCUGUCACCUAGCAGAGACUACAGAGAAGUAGAUGGUCUAGUGUAAGACAAUGUUUUAAGCACUGUGGUAGCGGGGUUAUAGGAUGCUGUGCCCCUGGGUUGGCAAACGGUUAACAUGCUCGGCUGGUAACCAAAAGGUUGAAGGUUUGAGUCCACCCAAAGACACCUAGGAAGAAAGGCCUGGUGACGUACUUCUGAGAAAUCAGCCAUUGAAAACCCUAUUGGUCCCACAGUUCUGCUCUGACACACAUGGGGUAACCAUGAGUUGGAGUCAGCUUGGUUUCUAUGAGAACACAGAGACACCUUAUUCAGACUUGGGGGCUGAGGAAGGUACCAGGAUAAAGUGGUGACUAAACUAAAACUUGACGAACGAAUAAGGAAUUCAGUAGUUAGAUGUAAUUGGGAGGAAAGAAGCAAGAAUAGGAAGACAGUGUGAUUGAGGAGAGAACAGCAUGUGCAAAGGCCAGAAGCAAGAGAAAAGAGGUCACUAAGGGAAGAGAAAUAAUUUACUGUGUCUGAACUGAGAGGCUAAGAGACUAGCUCAGGUUCACAGAACUACUAAAUGGUAGGCCUGGGAUUUAACCCAGGCCUUUAAAUAUGUGGUGUGGACUACUGACACACUACACUGCUGCCCUGUGCUUUCUUUCUCAAUGGCAAUAUCAUCCAUUCACCUUUCCCCAUGCCAGUAACCUAGGAAGCAUCCUUGACUCCUUUAACCUUCAUGUCUGUUUGGUCAAGGAGUCUUGUUUCUGUCCCUUAACUAACCACUCUUUUCUCUUCGGCUGACUUAAUUCAAGCCCUCACCAUCUCUUGCCUUGACUGUUUUCUAAUUGUUCUCUGUAGUUCUAGUGCUGUUACUCUUCUGAUUCUUUACAUUGCUGCCGGGGCGAUACUGCUCAAAUGCAGAUCAAGUUUAAAGCUUUCUAUGGCUUUUCAUAGCCUAUAAGAUUAAGUCCAAAUUGCUAAGCACAGUUCACAAAAUCUUUUCAAGCUUUCCAGCUUAAUCUUCUGCCAUAUACAUGCACUUCUGUUUCAGCCAUACUAAAACAACCUAAAGUUUCUCAAACAGGCAGUGUGUUCUCAAGCUUGGAAUGCCCUCCUACUCAGUCUCUUGGCCAAUGCCAGUACUAAUACCUCUCCUAAAAAAUUAAAAAGUCAAAUAGAAGAAAAAAUAUAUAAACAACAUAACUGCAUCUUCCUAUAUAUUUUUUUUUAACUUUGGAAGAAACAUACAACUUAGUAUUUUAUAUUUAGCAUUACCUGGAUCUUCUAAAAAUUAUGUAUGACUAGUUGACUAUUAAUCUCAUCCACAGACAAUCACACUUACCUGGAUCUUCUAAUUAGACUAUCAGUAUUUAAAGAAGCAACUUUUUGGAUAUGGAUGUAAUGAGACCCUUGAUAAAUGAGCAGAAUUUUGAUGGCACAUCAGAUGAAGAACAUGAACAAGAACUCCUGCCUGUUCAGAAGCAUUACCAACUUGAUGAUCAAGAGGGCAUUUCGUUUGUACAAACUCUUAUGCAUCUUCUUAAAGGAAAUAUUGGAACUGGACUUUUAGGACUUCCAUUGGCAAUAAAAAACGCAGGCAUAGUGCUUGGACCAAUCAGCCUUGUGUUUAUAGGAAUUAUUUCUGUUCACUGUAUGCACAUAUUGGUACGUUGCAGUCACUUUCUAUGUCAGAGGUUUAAAAAAUCAACAUUAGGUUAUAGUGACACUGUGAGUUUUGCUAUGGAAGUGAGCCCAUGGGGUUGUCUUCAGAAGCAAGCUGCAUGGGGAAGGAGUGUGGUUGACUUUUUUCUGGUGAUAACGCAGCUGGGAUUCUGUAGCGUGUAUAUUGUCUUCUUAGCUGAAAAUGUGAAGCAAGUUCAUGAAGGAUUUCUGGAGAGUAGCGUGUUUGUUUCAAAUAGUACCAAUGCAUCAAAUUCAUGUGAGAGAAGAAGUGUUGACCUGAGGAUAUAUAUGCUUUGCUUUCUUCCAUUUAUAAUUCUUUUGGUCUUCAUUCGUGACCUAAAGAAUCUCUUUGUGCUUUCAUUCCUUGCCAACAUUUCCAUGGCUGUCAGUCUUGUGAUAAUUUACCAAUAUGUGAUUAGGAAUAUGCCAAACCCCCACAACCUUCCAAUAGUGGCUGGUUGGAAAAAAUACCCACUCUUCUUUGGUACUGCUGUGUUUGCUUUUGAAGGCAUAGGAGUGGUCCUUCCACUGGAAAACCAAAUGAAAGAAUCAAAACGCUUCCCCGAAGCAUUGAAUAUUGGCAUGGGAAUCGUUACGGCUUUGUAUAUAACAUUAGCUACCUUAGGAUAUAUGUGUUUCCGUGAUGAAAUCAAAGGCAGCAUAACUUUAAAUCUUCCCCAAGAUGUUUGGUUAUAUCAAUCAGUGAAAAUUCUAUAUUCCUUUGGCAUUUUUGUGACAUAUUCAAUUCAGUUCUAUGUUCCAGCAGAGAUCCUUAUUCCUGUGGUCACAUCCAAAUUUCAUGCAAAAUGGAAGCAAAUUUGUGAAUUCGGGAUAAGGUCCUUCUUGGUUACUAUUACUUGUGCAGUAGCAAUUCUGAUUCCUCGUUUAGACAUCGUUAUUUCCUUCGUUGGAGCUGUGAGCAGCAGCACAUUGGCCCUGAUCCUACCACCUUUGGUUGAAAUUCUUACGUUUUCAAAGGAACAUUACAAUAUAUGGAUGAUCCUAAAAAAUAUUUCUAUAGCAUUCACUGGAGUUGUUGGUUUUCUAUUGGGUACAUAUGUAACUGUUGAAGAAAUUAUCUAUCCUGCUCCCAGAGUCAUGGCUGACACUCAACAAAGUCUGUCUUUAAAUUUGAAUACAACGUGUUUAACAUCUGGUUUGAAAUAGUAGAAGCAGAAUUAUGAGUCUUCUACUUUUGUCUCAGUUCUGAAAAUGACUAAAAUAAGAACUAGGAAAAUACAUUGCAGUAUACUUAAAAACAGAACCAAACUGUUUUAUUUUGGCAAGAUAUUAAUGUUUUGGCAGUGAAUUGUAGUUAUUUGUCAGUAGUGGUAAACUAUGACAGAUCCUUGGUUUUAAGUGUUAGCAAUAAUUUUGAGAAAUUUAAUUUUGGAAAUUGAUGAAACUAGAAUUAGAGAAGUAAAAUGUAAAAAAAAUAAAGAAUAGAAAGACUUCUAUUUUUAUUCUCCUCAACCAGAAAUAGUUCAAUCAAGAUUUCUCUCUUUAACCCCACUGCUACUCUUCUCCCAUCCAGCUGAGGAGGGAAGAGGGUUUUAACAAUAGGAGAAUUAAAUAUCAUAGGUAACAAAAAUCUUUCUCCAGACCAUCUCAUUGAGUGUCAAAGUAAACUUUGUGUGUAAUUAAAAACUAUCUUGGUUAUAUUUUUAUCAGCCAAAUACUUAUGAUUAGUCACUGGAAGUAUAGAGAAUUCCUGUUAAGUAGAACAUAAGCAUAAGAAAAUUCCAAAAACCAGAGUUAUUUUUUCACUAUUCUAUACUGGUAGGUGGAGCCCUGUUGGUGCAGUGGUUAAGAGCUACAGCUGCUAACCAAAAGGUUGGCAAUUUGAACCCACCAGCCUCCUUGGAAACCCUGUGGGGCAGUUCUGCUCUGUCCUAUGGGGUCACUAUGAGUCAGAAUCAACUUGACAGCGGCGGGUUUGGUUUUUUGGUAUAAUGGUAAUUAAUCUUCAUAAUAAUAAUCAGGAGGCACUGUGCAAGAUUCUGACUUAAUGCUGUAGUCAGCUUUGAAAAGGACUUCAUAGAUUCUCCAAUACAACUUCCUUAUCUUUUACCUGAGGAUAUUGAGGCCCAGAAAGGUUGAACAACUCAAGGCCACACAGCUUUGAGAUCAAGAGAACCUAAGUUCUUGACUCCCAGUCCAGGGUUUUUAUUUUUCACAUCACAUCUCAGAAAAAGAAUAAAUUAUAUUCAGUUUAAUUUUAAUGCUGAGUCUAUUUAAUUAUAUUUUAGUAUUUUGAAAGUAGGAACUCUCAGAAACCUGCACUUUGGCCAUAUAAACCUCAACAAGGGAAAGAAGCAGUGUUCUUUUUUUUAAACAGCUUAGAGACCAUUUGCUGGUGGAACUGCUAAACAGUAGAAUGUACAUAGCUACACUGUGGCUUGGAAUCUCCUUAUUGUUUCUUCCCUUUCCUGGAUUUUAUAGGUGCUGUCUUUCUUAAUGGCUAGAAAAUAGGUGACUGUUAAAAUACAGGUUUAUGGUUCUUAAGUCCAAGGUCUCUUUCCAGUCCUGUGACUUUCCCUAUCAUAGUCUUUUAUUGAACUGAUGGGCAGAAUAAAAGAACCAUAAAGGGAUUCAUGUUUAGGAAAAUUUGAGACAAUAGUAAUGAUCUACUAAAUAUCAAGACACUCCAGUCUUCCCCUAGAGAAAUACAUUCUAUUACUCCAUAUUCUUCAAACCCAGUUAUUAACAAAAACAAAAGAAUCGCCGUUAACAUGGAAGGUGAAAAUUGUUAAAUUUAAAAUAUUAAGAAUAGAAUUUUCUCCUAAUUUUUUUUAUUCUUAAUUUUAAACAUUUUGAAUUUUUUAACCAGACUGGUAGUACUCUGUAAUACUGUAUUUCAAGAUAUCAUCAAGAUCACUGUAGUAUAUAUAUUCUAUAUUUUUAUAUGUUUGGUAAAUGGUGACUUAGCUCAAGUAUUUUUUGCUUACAUCAUUAAGUGGUCAUACGUUACAAUCGUAAAGAUACAUAAGAAACUUUAUUUUGGUACAUUUUUUAAAACAUUUGCAUUAGUUACCACAAAUAAUAGUUUGUGAUACUUUUAUGUUAAAUCUGUUACAGUGAGCUUUUAGUCCUAUUAAGAGGAUGUGGGAGAAGUUACAGAAAAAAAUAACCUUUAUUUAAAUUAAUGGUAUAUGAUCUUGAAUUUAAGAAUAAAUUGUUUUUUUAAGUUUUUAUUACAUUAUAAAAUAACUUGAAAACCACUAUUUAACAGAAAGUAGUAUUAGAUUUUUGUCAUCUGUCUGCAAAUAAUAAACUUAGUUCAUAUGUGCUAUUUUAUUUUUAUACUUCAACCUGAGGUUUAUUUUCAUUAUGGAAUUCAUCAAAUGCAAUGAAAUUUUGAAUAGUUGAUCAUAGCAAUAAAUUAUUUUUUAAUUCAGCAUGAACAAGCGCUGAGCACAUUAUCAGCUAGGCUUCCUUAUGCAGUGAGUGUCUGCUGAAUCAACAUCCAGUACUAAAUUCACUAAAUGAUCCAGUACUUUAAGUAUAGGAGAAACGCUGAAAUGCAGAAAGAGGAACUAAAAGGAAGAAAAUAGUUGUAAUUCUUAGCAAGAAACACUAUUUAAAUGUAAAGUAUAGAUACACUCUUAUUUAAGGAUGUUAGUAAUGUAUUUUAUUUGCAAAAAAGUGAGUAUAUUUUUUCUCUAAAAAUUAAGUUUUAAUGAGUCAAAUUAUUUUUAAAAAACUUUCAAAGGAGAUAUUUUCAUUAAACCAGCUGUUGCUUUUAUUUGGGGGCCUGGAAAAAGGAAAGAGAUUGCACCUGCCAAGUUUGUAUCUGAUCUCUUUGGUCAAUCACAUUAUGGCUAAAAUAACUUCGGCAUUUCAUCUGCUACAACACUAAGGAACCUUCUCUGAAAGUUAAUCAGUUGUCUGAGCAUUUUCUGCGACUGAGGGGGAAGAAAGGAAAGCUUUAUUUACCUCUGAUUAGCUGUGCUAAGUCAGCUUCCACAAGGGUUUCACCAGUAUAGUCAGUUUGUCAAACACUAGUUCUCAGAUGUUCUUCAUCAGGAGAUCUUCUUUUCCCCAUGUUGCCAGAUUUCUCCAUGACUAAUGAAAUGAGAACUCGGGUUUUUUCCUGGCUGAAGGCCAAUUUGGAUUGUGUAACCAAAUAAAAACAAAUACUGUAUUAGCAAUGCCAUGUUAUGUUUCAAUUCUGCCCUCACUGGAUUCUCCAUUAUUAAAGCCGUUCAUGUCUCUCAACUAGACAAUGCACCUAUAUUUGAGCAGAUAUUUUAUGACAAUGUGUAUGUCGUAAAUUCCCUAACAGGUCCUAAUUCCACUCAGUAUUUUCAUAGUAUGUCGCAUAAAAGCUAUCUAACUGCAAAACACUAUAAAAACACUUUUUUAAGUUCUACAUUAGAGCCAUUUCUAGCUGUGGCAAAGCACAGGUCUUACUCUAGUUUACCAGUGGUUGUUCUCCAUCACAGGUAUCAGUACAGCACCUGAGUAGUGCAUUUAUUCACUGACAGUAUAUGCCUAAAUUAGGUCUUGACCUUAGUUCUCCUUUAUUCAUUUAAAGGGGAGAAGACACAGGAUAGAAUUGGUGGAAAUAAUAAAAUUACUUCAACUUAAUGUUAGUGGCUUGAUAGAUACUAAUCUGUCGAGGAAUAAAAUAAUGGUAAAAAUAUAGACCAUUGAUAAUGUAAUGAUGAGUUAUUAAAAAUGAGUCUUUUGAUCUUUUUAGCUUGACUAGCUUCUUAAGAAAAAUUUAAAAAUUUUGAUCUAAAAGGUAAAAAAAAAAAAGUAGGACAGCAUUAAAUGGCUGGCUGUGAUAGUUAAUACUUUACCAGUAUUAGGUUGUUCUUGUUCAUGCCGCUAGAGCUCAGUAGGCUAAAAACCCUUCUGAAAUUGUUGGUUUUUGAGAUAGGAGAUAAAACGUGCUGAAGAAAUGGCUAGAAAUACUAUAUAUUGCCUUGUGAUAACUUAAAAACCCUCUGAGUCUUAAAUUUUCACAUUAAAGUUAUACAGCCCUCCCCCCCGCUGUAAUCUAUGUGAACUACAUAUUAAUUUACUGUUUAAGUUGGGUUCAGGAAGAUAUGCUGAAAAAGAUCACUUUGGAAGUUAUUCCAUUAAAGUUCCCUUAAUAACAAAUAGGAAAAUAAGUGUUUAUAACUUGAAUAAGCUGUGAGUUUUUAUGUUUUUCAAAGUGAUUUUGUUAGAUUGAAUGGAAAUGAAAUAUUGCACUUGAGUUCUUUUAUUUUUAGCUUAUUUUUCUUCAUAACAGAACAAAAAUACUGUCUUAAAAGUACUGUAACUUAUGAAUUUUCAAUAAAAACAAUUAUUUACUUGCUAA